CGGGGUUGCUUGCGGAAGCUUGGGCUGGGAGUCCGAGCGGCAGGUGCAGGAGGGGGCGAGGAGGUGGCACGUUACUGGUACGCUUUUGCUUUGCAUUCGUGAGAUUGCCUGGCCGCGCUCUAGAACUUUGCUUUGGCUCCGAGUCUGACCAGCGAGGCCGAGACGUGGGAAGCGUUGCCAUCUGCAGGGCCAGGCAACCUGCACGCCACCCCCACUGCACCGCUCGCGGCUGCGGGAGGCUUCCUGCAGGAGGAGCUCCGCCCGCGGGGGAGGAGCCAGGGCAGCCCGGGGAACCCCGACACUAUCCUCCAAUUGAUAAGAGACCGAGCCCAGCAAGGCACCCUGUCAGCCCGGCAGGUAGGAAGCUCGGAGAGCAGCCUCAUGGAAGAGAAGCAGAUACUGUGCGUGGGGCUGGUGGUGCUGGACAUCAUCAAUGUAGUGGACAAGUACCCAGAGGAGGACACGGACCGCAGGUGCCUGUCCCAGCGAUGGCAGCGUGGAGGCAACGCAUCCAACUCCUGCACUGUCCUUGCCCUGCUCGGAGCCCCUUGUGCCUUCAUGGGCUCGCUGGCCCCUGGCCCUGUCGCGGACUUUGUCCUGGAUGACCUCCGCCGCUAUUCUGUGGAUCUACGCUACUUGGUCUUUCAGUCCACAGGCUCCAUCCCCAUCUCCACAGUCAUCAUCAACGAGGCCAGUGGUAGCCGCACCAUCUUGCACGCCUACAGCUUCUUGGUGGCUGACUUCAGGCAGCAGGGCGUGGAUGUGUCUCACGUAGCCUGGCAGAGUAAAGGGGAUACCCCUUGCUCUUGCUGCAUCGUCAACAACUCCAGUGGCUCCCGUACCAUUAUACUCUACGACACGAACCUACCAGAUGUGUCUGCUAAGGACUUCGAGAAGGUUGAUCUGACCCGGUUCAAGUGGAUCCACAUUGAGGGCCGGAAUGCAUCUGAGCAGGUGAAGAUGCUGCGUAGGAUAGAAGAGCACAAUGCCAGCCAGCCUCCGCCGCAGAAGAUCCGGGUGUCCGUGGAGAUAGAGAAGCCCCGAGAAGAGCUGUACCAGCUGUUUAGCUAUGGCGAGGUGGUGUUUGUCAGCAAAGACAUAGCCAAGCACUUGGGGUUCCAGUCAGCAGCAGAAGCCCUAAGGGGCUUGUACAGUCGUGUGAGGAAAGGGGCUACACUCAUCUGUGCCUGGGCUGAGAAUGGUGCGGAUGCCCUGGGUCCUGAUGGCCAGCUGCUGCACUCAGAUGCCUUCCCGCCUCCCAGAGUAGUGGACACCCUGGGGGCGGGAGACACCUUCAAUGCCUCCGUCAUCUUCAGCCUUUCCCAGGGGAACAGCAUGCAAGAGGCACUGAGGUUUGGCUGCCAGGUGGCUGGCAAGAAGUGUGGCCUGCAGGGGUUUGAUGGCAUUGUGUGAAAGCCAUGUGGUAGGAGGCACCGACUCAGCACCCCCCUUGGAGGCUGGCAUCACUGCCUGCUGUGGUCUUCUCUUCUCCAUCCAGCCUGGUAGCUGGCUGCUCUGCUCCCUGGGCAGAUGUGGGCUGUUGAAAGGACUCUGCCUGUGCCCUUUGUCACACUGCAUCUCACCCUGCAGAGCCUCAGAACAAAUAAAGCUCCUUCCCCUGAGCCAGUUUCCUCUGGUCAUGUUUGUCCUUCUUGAUGUUUGUACUGCUCUGGUUGACAUUCCUGAAGCUUUGAC